AUGACUUAAGGGAGGAACAGUGGGGUUUUGCUGGAUUUGGUAAAUGGGGAUGAUUUUGAAAAAAGAAAUUGCUUUGAUGUUUUAUAUUUUAUGAUUUGCAAAAUGAUUAAUAUUAAAAGAAUUAAAUUUAAAUUGAUGGGUGACUAUUAAGGGGAAUAUAUCUAGUAAUAUCUUUGCAAUAUCAAUUUAAGAAAAAAAGUAAGGAUAUGUACUAAGAAUUUAUUUAGAUUAAGGAACUUCUUAAAGAGAAAACUGAAAUACUUUAAAAACUGGAACAAUUAGAAGUAGACAUAUAACAUACUAUAAUUAGAAAGAUGGAAACAACUAGUCGUUUGAGGAAAGGAAAAAAAGAUUGAGAAGUCUAGCCAGUGAAAUUUAACGUAAUUUUGAAUGCCCAUUGUCGAGAUGUGGUAAGAAAUAUGGGUAAUAAUGACAAUAUGGUUAGAAGCGAAGGUUCGUUAAACUAGCAUAUAAAACUCAAGCAUCCUGAAUUAGUCAAUAAAGCUUGA